CCAGAUUUCAUGUCAAACUGACAACAUAAAAAGAAUUAAAGAUGGCAGAAGAGGAGCAACAGAAAGCAGAGUUCUACAGAUUAGUUGAGGAGCAAAUCAACAGCCUUGGACAGAGCAAGAGGAACAGCUACUGUUUAACACAGGAAAGAUAUGACAAGGCAGUACAAGCAUUGCAACUAGCCAAGGGGGUCAAGUGCCAAGAAGGCAACAAAUUCAAGUUCUGGGCUACCAAGCACUUCAAGCUGCAAGAAAUCGACUCAAAGAAGGUUCUGUACUGCAAGAAAUCCUCCCAUCCUGUGGUCCCCAAGGAACAUAUCUUUGAUGCAAUAAAAUGCUGCCACACCAGGGUCGGCCACUCUCGUCGUGACAAGACUUGGGAAGAAAUCAAGAACAACUACUCGUGGGUUCGUCAUGACCUUGUCCAGCUCUACCUUCGCACCUGCCGAGAGUGUGCUACAAGAGCUCCACUCAAGAAACCAGCUGCAGAGAGACCCGUCAUCUCGCUUGGCUUCAUGACACACAUGCAGAUAGACAUCAUAGACAUGACCAACAGACCAGACCGUGACUACAGAUGGGUACUCCACAUUCAGGACCACUUCACUAACUACAGCUGGACCCAUCCCCUGACUUCUACACAAGCCUUGGAGGUAGCCGACAAGCUUGUGCAGACCUUCUGCUUGUUUGGUUCACCCCGCAUACUGCAAUCAGACAACGGAGAAGAGUUUGUCGCUGAAAUCAUCAAUGAGCUUGCCGAAAAGUGGCCAGGCCCGGUCAUCAUUCAUGGGCAACCAUACGCAUGUCUCCCACAGUCUUGGGGAUGUAUUGAACAGGCCAAUGAAGACCUACAACUGAAGCUUAGAGAGUGGCUUGAAGAACAUCCAGACAAGGGUUGGGCUGAAGGACUUCAACAUGUCACGUAUGCCAUGAACACAACAGUGAGCACAACUACUGGAAGAUCACCCUACACAGUUGUCUUCGGACAAUCUCCACAUACACGCUACACUGAAUUGACUGGCCAAGGAACCCAAUAUGAAGAUGACCUAACAGAUUUCUUCACUGACACCGGAGAAUCUGAGCAGCUUACACAAAGUAUUGAGGCCUCCUCCAACCAGACUGCAGACACCUCAACACAUGACCCAGAACUAUCUAACAGCCAGCAAUCCUCAACACAGGAAUUCAGACCAUUACCAAUCAAGCGUGAAAGAGAUCAUGAUCAUGAAGCAAGGAUUGUUGCAGCUGGCACAGAGACCCUGGACAGGGAAACAUUGCACGUCUGGGACACUGAGCAAACUACACCAGUACUGGCAAUAGAUCAAUCAGACAUGCCUCCUGGCAAGAUUCGCAAAAUCGACACAGCAGAGACCAAAGUAAAAGUAGAACCUGGAGAACCAGAUGAAGCACAGGCAGUAAGCUGGUUCUUCUCAAACUUCAGCAAGAGACAAUAAGAACCAUAGCCUCCUGUGGACUCAUGUAAUUGUAUGGUACAUGAACUUGAUGAAGACAAGUAAUAUCUGUAUCUUAUCCAGUUGUAGAGAUUAUUUUAAUGGAUAUCUAACCUUCAUACAUGUAGCCCAUAUAAUACAUAUCUUUGGGGUCCAAAGGAAUAUUUUCAAUGACCUGGACCUGGAUCUGUCACAAUGGUUAAUAUACAAUGUAGAAAGUGGCAUGAUAGAAGGACUGUUUACCAUAUAUCUAAAAUAAUUCACUUAGAAAAGUAUCUAAUGAUAAAUGUAGGCUUACCUAUAUGUAUGAUGAAACCAACUGAAAUGUUAGUUGUGCAAUGAUUCACUCAUUCUGCAAAACAUUUUGAUCUGAAUUCCUCCUAAUAGGAUCCAAAAUUGUCCUGGCAGAAUUUGACAAAUUGCAAUUCUGAAUUGCCAGAAUCCCAGUUCCAGAAUAGAAGAAUGUUACAACCUGGGUACCAAUAAUAAA